CGUGACGUGUGUGCCUGAGUGCCGGGAGAGGGAACUUGACCGGAGCAGUGCCGGGGGGGUUGUUACACCAUGCGGCAAUGGCCGCCGGUGGUUGGACUUGGUACUGAGCGUCCUGUGUACUUCGAUACGGUUGAUAAUAGAUCACCUUGUUGAUUUUACUGGGUCGCGGAUAAUUGCCGUUGCCCUCGCAACUUUUAUCGCUAUGAAUGCUCGCUGCGUCCGACGGGCUUUGGCUCCGUGUGUUCGAUUCCUUUCAACAGCUGCAGAUUCUUGCCUGGCGACCACAGAGCUGCUUCAGAAGCGCAGUCAGCUAUUUGACAAGGAGAAAGACCGACAACGAGCCCUGAUCCCAAGGAUUGAGAAAAUUGAAGUUAAACAUGUGGGGACACCUGAUCCUGGAACGGUCUUCAUCAUGAACAAAGGCCUAUCCACUCCCUACAACUGUGCCAUGCAUAUGAGUGAAUGGUGUGUAAAGCGUUCCAUACUUGCACUUGUGGAUGGGGAAGUCUGGGAUAUGUAUAAACCCCUCAAUAAAUCCUGUGACAUUCAGUUCCUGACUUUCAAGGAUGAGAACCCUGAAGAAGUUAAUAAGGCUUAUUGGCGUUCAUGUGCUAUGAUUAUGGGGUAUGUUCUUCAAACAGCGUUUAAGGAAGAGUACGAUGUUGAACUGAUUAGAGCACCAGAAAUACCAGUGACUUCUGGAGCUUUCUGUUAUGACGUGAUAUUGGACGGAAGAUUAAAUGAUUGGACACCCUCUGUGGAGAACUUGCGUUCCCUCAGCAAAGACGUUCAUAUGCUUAUUCAUAAAGACUUACCGUUUGAAUCAUUGGAGGUGGCACCCAAGGUUGCUAUGGAAAUAUUUCAGGAGAACAAACACAAGUUGGCUGCAAUUGAGGAGCAGGCUUCCCUCAAUCCCAACAAGCUUGUAAAGCUGUACAGGAUCGGUGAUUUUGUAGACGUCAGCAAUGGACCACACGUUUCCAGGACCAGUGUCUGCUCGCAGUAUGAGAUUACUGCUGCCCACAACCUGAAAACAACCGAGUCUGGGCUAGUCCGAAGAUUCCAGGGGAUCUCUCUGCCCAUUCAUCUGAAGGUCCUUUUCUCCAUCUGGGAAAGAUUAAGGCAGAGAUCCCAGAAGCUGAUUACAAAAGACCAGGAUCUCUCAGAGACAGUGAAAGUGGGAGCAUCGUGAACAGAUUGUGCAGAGAAAUCAACCAACUUGCUUUUUAAAAACUUGUGAUAUAAGUAAAUUGAUUAUGCAUACAGUAAAAUAUAAAAUAUUAUCCUUAAUGAGCCUGUUGUGUUGAAGAGGGAUGUGUACUGCGAGUUAUGAUCUGGAAUGUGCUACACAAAGGAUGAUGAAAGCAGAUUGAGUACUUGGGGAAGGAGCUGGUGUACUGGUAAUGUCACUGCACAGGUAAUCCAGAGCCCUGUGGCGGAUGGUGAAAUUUGAAUUCAAUAAAAUCUGUGUAACCAUUGUAUAAA